AUGCGAACCUCGAGAAUAUCGAAAGAUACUGCGAAGAUAAUCAAUGCAACGUCCACCUCACCAAGACGCUCUACAAGAUCUCUAUCUCGGUUUGCUUUGAAUGCUCCAAUCAAGGAUGAAGAUACAUCGCCAACUCCAGAUAUUGAAGAUGUCAUUCCUUCAACUUCGAGUCUUAAAAGAAAGAGAAAUACUGCUCCAAAGACUUCCAUAAAGAAACAAUCUCUCAACGAAACGACAAUCAAGACUGAAAUCGAGAAUACUGUCGCGUUUUCCCCUCCGUCGAAAACAAGUCGAGUACGCAAACCCGCGCGUAAAGUCAAGAAUGAAGAUACCGGAGAAAUAGAAAUCCAGCCCCCCAAUGAUUGGCGCGAAGUCUACGAUAUCGUAAUGGAGAUGCGGAAAUUGGGCGUCGCGCAAAAUGCAGCUGUAGAUACGAUGGGAUGUGAUAAAUUGGGACAAGAGACUGUUGAUCCGAAAACGAAGAGAUAUCAUACCUUGACGGCUUUGAUGUUGUCUUCGCAGACUAAGGAUACUACGAAUGCGGUUGCGAUGAAUCGUCUUUAUACGGAAUUACCUGCUCAUAAGGAAGGUGCGCCGAUUGGUUUGACGUUGGAUAAUAUAUUGGCUGUGGAUCCGAAAUUGUUGAAUGAGUUGAUUUGGGUGGUGGGAUUUCAUAAUAAUAAAACCAAGUAUAUCAAAGCUGCGGCGGAAAUUCUUAGAGAUCAGUGGAACGGCGAUAUACCGGAUACUAUUGAGGGCCUGAUGUCUUUACCGGGAGUUGGUCCAAAGAUGGCAUAUUUGUGUAUGAGUAGUGCUUGGGGUAGAACGGAGGGAAUUGGUGUCGAUGUACAUGUUCACCGGAUUACGAAUAUGUGGGGUUGGCACACGACUAAAGGACCAGAGGAAACAAGAUUAGCUUUACAAGCUUGGUUGCCCAAAGAACUAUGGCACGAGAUCAAUUGGUUGCUAGUUGGGUUUGGACAAACUGUCUGUUUACCAGUUGGAAAGAAAUGUGGAAGUUGUGAGUUGGGAAUGAAUGGAUUGUGUAAAGCAGCCGAUAGAAGUAAAGUUACAAUUGGAAGAAAGAUUAAAGAGGAAAAGAUCAAGACAGAUCAGGAGGGUCAUGUGGUUGAGCGGACGGAAACGAUCAAGGCCGAGGAGGAUAGCAAGGACAUACCGCUGAAUCCUGAAGAGAAAGCUCAAUUAAAGUCUGAGGCUGGUAUUGUCAAGCAGGAGGAAGAGGAUGCUGUUUUAGCAGAUAUCGCAAAUGCUCCUGGAGAAUUGGAGAAGACGCCAAAACGGAAGAAAAGAUGA